UCUGUUGAGACACCUGGAUUACUGUAAGAUGAUUAUGAUUAACUUUGAUGUCCAAAGUUGACACAUUCAGGAUGCUCUCAGUACUUGCUUGUAAAACCAGCUGCCCAGUGCUCUUGCUAAAAUCAACUAUAUAGGUUUUGGAUCCAGCUUUACCUCACUGGUUUAAGAAUUUCUCAAUCAUGCUGAGUGGAGUUAAAAGUGCACCUGUUGAAGAAGGCAGAGGCAUCUCAGGGCCAAAACAAGAUGAUGCCAGGACCAGACCAGCCACAAACAACAAUCUAAAGCCCAAAUCAAGCUGUGUUGUGUUGUGUAAGCCUGGUGAUGUAGUGCACCAUCAGAUGUGUAUUCCCACGAUUUUUCCUCAAAGCGACAGUCAACUUGAUUCAACAUGCAGAAACUCCCUUCCUUUGCCAGACCUCAUGCCGAACCAGACCUCUAAACCAAGUGUGUCCAUUCGGCGGCACAAGAGCACCACAGAUUUGCCCUACAGCCCUCAGCGUGGUUAUGUGCACGGCCAGAGACCCAGUAUCUGUGCCCCCACCGAAGCCGAGCUGGCGUUGAUGAGGCGUUGUUCUUUACGUGAGCCGAACGUUCGUCCCUGUUGCCGCCAUGCUCUUAGCGUUCCCAACAUGACAAGCCCAUGCACAAGUCCUCUGGGCAGCACCACAUCCCGAAGCGCUCUCUGCACACCCGUACGGGACGCUGAAUGUAACGUUAAAGCCCUCAACAAGCUAAUAGAGAGCGAGAACGCGCAGACCCCUACUUUCCCUCCAGAGCUUCGCGAACAAUACCGUUACGUCUCCAAAGAUGGAAAGUGUAGGGUAGACUUGGCACAUAUGGCUGAGAGGGAGCGGUUCCUGGCCGAUAUCUUCACUUCUUUUGUGGACCUUCAGUACAGAUGGUUUCUUUUCGUGUUUAUGAUGUGCUACUCUGUCACCUGGUUUAUAUUCGCAGGGCUUUAUACGCUAAACGCGUUCUUGCGUGGAGAUCUUGAAGUUCCCGGCGACGCUGAUGCGUGCUACCCCAAUAUAGAUGGAUUUGUGUCGGCGUUGCUCUUCUCCGUUGAAACUCAGAGGACUAUUGGUUAUGGUGCUCGCACAGUGUCGUCACGAUGCUACGAAGGUGUUUUUUUGGUCAUGGCGCAGUGCAUUGUGGGAUCCAUGAUCGACGCCCUUAUGGUGGGCUGCAUGUUCGUGAAAAUUUCACGCCCCAAGAAGCGUGCAGAGACGCUUCUUUUCAGCCGGACUUGUGUUGUGGCCAACCGCGAUGACCGACUUUGCAUUAUGUUCCGUCUCGGCGACCUGCGAGAGAGCCACAUGGUGGACGCCAAAGUGCGUGCUAAACUCAUCAAGUCUCGGCAGACGUCCGAGGGGGAAUUUCUCCCGCUGGAGCAGUCUGAGAUCGACUUAGGUUAUGAGAGCGGCUCUGACCGUCUCUUCCUGGUGGAGCCGCAGGUCAUUCAACAUACUAUCGAUUCCAGCAGUCCUUUCUGGGAGCUUGGGCCAGAGCAGCUACGGAAACAUCAGUUUGAGAUUAUUGUCAUCUUGGAGGGAAUUGUUGAAGCAACAGGAAUGAUGUGCCAAGCAAAGACCUCGUACAUCGAGACGGAGAUCGAAUGGGGAGCCCGUUUCGAGCCGUGCAUGACACUGGAGAAAGGGGCGUUUCGAGUCGACCUGAGACGUUUCCACAGCACGUACCGGGUGCCUCUUCCGCCCUUCAGCGCCCAAGAGCAGCAUCACCUACAGACCCAAGCGAGACUGGAACUCCAGGAAACCGUGAAAGACCGUGUUACCUGGAAACUGGGUGGGGACGACCAAGAAGACGACAAGGCGAAGCCACCAGGAGCACGUACAUUCACUAUUCACAAUAUCCAGGAGGAGCGAGUGUCAGAAGUCAACGAAUCCGAAUAUCUUUAAGUUGUUGGCUCAGGUGUGGCAGUUGUACAGGUACGUGCUGCUCAGGCUCCAGUCUGGAGGGAAGUCCUGCGUGGGGUGAUUCUUCAGGUGUUUCUGCAUGGCUGCCAGGCUGCUACAGAACUCCAGACACAGGGUGC